AUGAUGCGUGAGCCCGGCCACGAGGUUUUGGAUUCGCUGGGAGGCGGUGUCUCUCACGGCCUGGAGAUUAGGGUCCAUGGAGUGCCUCAUGGUCGUCCUCUUCCUGAUUUGGUUGAGGGUGCUCUUGUGGCGGUCUGCCCAGAGUCGUCUGUAGGUGCGGACACCCGCGACUUGCGUGUACCUGUGGCAACGUAUCUCUACGAUCAACGAAUCGAGCUUUCCGCUUUCCUUGACGAGCACUUCAUUAGUGCUGGCUCUCAGCUGCGCUGCUUCCUGACGCCGCUGUCAGGUGCCUCUCGUACGCCUCAGUGGGGGCAAUUCCUCUUGCGCUGCAUGUCCUCGACAACAGCACUGAAAGCCGUGGCAAUUCUGCUCUUCGAGUGCCGGGGUGUCAGAGCGGACCCAGACAUGCCCCUCAGUGGGAAUCUGAUGGGCUUUUCGUCUCUGGAUGCCUCUUCCCUUGUAGGGUCAGAGCCCAUGUCGCGGUCCUUUCUUCUGGACCUUCGGCUGUUGGAGGCACCUGGUGCUUCAACUUCGCUGGAGAUCGAAGCCAGAGUCUGGCCUCGUGGAAGCUCGGGUGCGGAUGGACCCAAGCCUGUUUCGACAAGUGCUCCCGCCGUGGCUUUGGCUGCCGGAACCGUUGGAACAGUAGCACCAUCCGAAGUGCAGGACUUCAGGCUGAAUCACGAGCUCUCAGUGCAGCUGUCCAAGGAGUUCAACUUGCGAGCGGCGGCACUCAAGCGAGCUGGCGAGGAGAUUGUGACCCUGCGCAGGCAGGUUCAGCUUUUGAAGAACGAGAACCGAUCUCUCCGGGCACAGGUGGAGGAUGAGGAAAAGUUGGUGCAAGAGGUCCAACAACGCCCUCCGCCAGAAGGCCUGGAGAAGCUGAGCGCGGCUGAACUGGCCGGAAAGCUCCAGCGCACUUUGGAGAAAUAUCGCGAGGAGAAGGCGAAGGCUUCCGAACUGACCCGACGCAUGGAAGACGCGCUGAAGGAGGUGAGUCGUGCGCGCGGGUUGGAACGAUCUUUGGAAGAGCUCCAACAGGUGCACCUAGAGCAGAACCGAGAAUUGCAGCGGCUUCAAGACGAGGGAAGGAAGCUGGACACGUACCGCCAGACAGCAAAAACUCAGGAGAAGGUCAUCUCCAAGCUGGAGAAGAUCCUAGAGAGUUCGUUGCAAGAGGUGCAGAAAGCGCAGAAGGUGCAGGUGGAUAUCGAGCGCUUGAAAACCGAGAAUCUGAAGCUCCGUGAACGCUGCUCAAGCUUGCUCACGCGAAAGAAGGAAGCCGGAGACGAUGAAGCGCAGGAGCUGAGGCAGCGACUUGCAGAGAAGGAUGCCGAGAUCGUCCGCCUUCAGAAAGUUGCGUGCUGCUGA